GUGUCAAACCCAUUCUGGCUACAACGAGAUCGCAGAUAUCGCGAUGUUAAAUGUCGAAACAAAUCGGAAGGCGUAUAAAAAAUAUCACAUUCAGAAACAAUAACAUUGUUUUUAUAUUUAUUUGUUUUAUUAUUCAAUGUUUUGUUUAACCUAACUGGGAGGCCGAUAGCUAUCUACGGUACAUAUGUGGCUGUUCACUUGAAUUUUUCUGGAUUGCCAAACGUUUGCUGAUACACAAGUGUUGUGAUAUCCACCCAAGCCCCUCCCACCUGUGACCUUCUCCAGCGGCUCUACAGCAACCCCUAGGCGUCUGCAGAACCAAGGGGGGAGGGGGGGUGCAGGGAGGAGUGCGUGGGCUACAGCAGAACUGAACAGGAACAGGGAUCAGGGACAGGAUAUAGGGACCAGUAUGCCUCUUUUCUUCAGGAAGAGGAAGCCAAGUGAUGACUCCAAGAAGAGACUGGAGUAUCAGCUGUGUCUGUCCAAAGAGGCUGGUGCCGAUGACAUCUUGGACAUCUCCAACUGUGAGCUCUCAGAGGCCCCUGCCACGGCCUUCUCCAUAUGCAGGGUCCUGCAGAAGAAGGUCUUCAUUCUCCAUGGGAAUGAGCUGAGGUCUCUGGUGCCGAAAGGAUGCAGCAUCAGCUGCCUGGCGACGCUGAAGGUUUUAGAUCUGCAUGAGAACAAGCUGACGUCACUUCCUGAUGACAUUGGACAGCUCAAGUCCCUGCAGGUGCUGAACCUUGAGAAGAACCACAUAAAAGCCCUGCCCGAUUCCAUCGGGGACCUCCGGCUCCUCCAGACCCUCAAUGUGAAAAGGAACAGUCUGACCCAGCUGCCGGCCUCGCUGGGUCAAAUGAGCAGCCUGCGCACGCUGGACCUGAGCGAGAACGGCGUGAGGGAGCUGCCCACGGAGCUGGCCAACAUCCGCACGCUGGAGUGCCUGACGCUGGAUGCCGCUCAGAUGUCCUUCCCUCCAGCCUCUGUGUGCGGCGGCGGCACUGAGGUCAUCCAGCGCUUCCUGUGCACAGAGCUGGGGGUGGAGUACUGCCCCCCCUCUCAGUACCUGCUGCCCGUGCUGGAGAGCGACGGCUGUGCCCAGAUGGAGGACUGUGUUGACGGGGAGGAGGUCGCUUGGCAGAGUAAAUUUCAGGACUACGAGAAGAAAAAGGUAGGAGCUGCGCUUUUUCUACUACGAGAGCUCCCGCGACAGGAGGAGGACAUCCUCCUGUCCGUCAGACAGGAGGACAUCCUCCUGUCCGUCAGACAGGAACAGGAGCGGUUGGAGCAGGGCUUGUCCCAGCAGCAGAGGACGCUAGAGCUCGAGAGGCAGAGGCUGCUGGGACAGGUCAGGAUAGCGGAGACCAGCAUCACCAGCCGCAUCUCCUGCCUGCUGCUGGAGAACAAGAGGCAGAAGAAGACUACAGAAUUCCUGCAGGCUCUGGAGGAGGACCGGAUACGGAUGGAGCAGCUGACCUCCAUCACACAGGAAGAAGCUGAUUCACUGCGCAAGAGGGAAGUGGCAGCGGCCAUGCAGAAGAUGCUGUCGGAGGGCUACUCCAUGCGCCUGCUGCAGGAGACGUGCGAGACCCGCAGGCAGAGCCUGGUGACGGAGACGUGCCGCAGCAUGGAGACUCUGGACAGGAAGUUUGACCAGGUGCUCUCACUGCAGCAGCUCGAUAAAUCCAAAGCUAUAGCUCAGAUCCUGCAGGAGGAGGAAAUGCAGAAGGCAGCCUUCGAGGCGCUGCAUCUCAAAAAGGACAGCAUGCACGGCUUCAUUCGCAAGCAGAUUAGGCUAAUAGAAGCUGAGUUAAUGCAGCUGACUAGGCUGGAGGUAAAGAGGCGAGAUCUGGACGCUGAGAAUUUGCAGGAGGUGCUGGCAGACCAGCGGGCCGCUCUGACAGACCUGCUGCAGCAGCUCCUCAAACAGAAGGACCAGAGAGAGGUGGAGCUACGGCAGGUCCUGACGGAGAUGGAGCUGAAGAGCGAUUCAAACCAGCAGAACUACUGGAUGAUUCAGUACCAGAGACUCCUGGACUCCAAACCACUGUCCCUGCGCAUGCAGGAGGCUGGAGUAGAGCAGCAGUUGGUGUCUCUCCUGUGCAAGCUGUCUGCUCAGCAUUACCUCCCUGUGAUCGCUCACCACCACAUCACCUCUGAAGCUCUGCGUCACAUGACCUCCGCUGACCUCAGCAAGUUGGGAAUCUGUGAGGUGGGAAUACAGAAGGCUCUGCUCAUCUGGGCCAAGGAGCGGAUCAGCCCAUCUGCUGAAGGUGCGUGUGAGGCACAGGAGGAGCUCGCAGGUGCGUGUGAGGCACAGGAGGAGCUCGCAGGCCCGUCCCAGCCCUCUGCCCCCACCCUGCUCCUCAGCCCCCCAUCGUCUCCGGGCUCCUUCGAGCUGGCCCUGACCCCUACCGCCCCCGGCCCUGACGACUCACCCGGCGCCUCUGAGUGUGUGGUGUGCAUGGAGACGGAGGUAUGCCUGCGCCCCACCUUCAGAAUACAACACUGCACACUCUGUAACCCCCACACUCUACAGCCCAACACUCUGCAACCCCCAUACUCUACAAUCCCCACACGCUGUCCAGCCCCCACACUCUGCAACCCCCACCCUCUACAAUCCCCACACUCUACAACCCCCACGCCGUCCAACCCCCACACUCUACAGCCCCACCCUCUAUAAUCCCCACACUCUACA